AUGGCCGGCGAAACUUUUGUUCUCAAAGAAUACAACAACGUGCCGGUCACGGCCCAAGGCCUGGAAAAGGACCAGCUGACAAACUGGCCGCCCUUCAAGAACUGGAUCUCAACUCUCUCCCACUCUCUCUCGCUCCAGUCCCAGCCCUCGCACCCCUUCCACAACAACCCCUACCACCUCAAGGACGUAACCAUUGAGUCCUACAGCCUCUUCAGAGGCAAAAGCAUCGGCUUCGCCAAGCUCAACGCAAAUGUCUCCACCGCCGACGGCAACAGCAGCCUCCCCGGCAUCAUCUUCCUGCGCGGCCCCGCCGUUGCCAUGCUCGUCGUGCUCAUCCCCGACGACGUCCAGCCCACCAGUGCUGACGCCCUCGAUGAGGCCUACGUGCUGCUGACCGUCCAGCCGCGCAUCCCGACGGGCAGCCUGGGCUUCGUCGAGCUGCCGGCCGGCAUGAUCGACGGCGACAGCAACUUUGCCGGCGUCGCCGCCAGGGAGAUCAAGGAGGAGCUCGGCAUGGUCAUCAAGCAGACCGAGCUGACCUGUCUGACGGACAAGGUGGGCGAGAUCCGGCAGGCGAGGGACGCCAAGAAGGGCGCGGGCACUGGCAAGCCCGACGCAACCAAGGACGAGAAUAUACCGUUUGCCAUGUUCCCUUCCGCCGGUGGCUGCGACGAGUACAUCAAGAUCUUCUCGCACGAGAGGCGCGUGCCGAGGAGCACGCUGCAGGAGUGGGAGGGCAAGUACGGCGGCCUGCGCGACGAGGGCGAGAUGAUCACGCUCAAGGUCGUGCCGCUCGAGGACCUCUGGCUGGAGGGCGCCAUGGACUCCAAGGCCCUGGCCGCCGUCGCGCUCUACAGGAAGGUCAAGCAGUGGGAAAAGCAGCAGUCGAAGUGA